GAAUGUGGAUUUGCUCUAUUAGGAUUGUAAUUUGUUGUUCAUUUUUUAAGUACAAGAGCAAUGUGAAUCGUAGAAACAUUUAAUUGUUUGUCUUAUUAUGCUGUUACAAAACUGCAAAAGUCUUUCGUAAUAUUUUACGUAAGAUACUGCGUAAUGACAGUUCCAGCGUUAUUUUACAAGCAUGAGGCGCAUUCUCAGUUGCAGUGUGUUGAAGAAUAUAAUACGAAGUCAUCUUCACUGUCAUUCUUUUUUGACUGUUUGUCCUCGAAAGAGAUUUCAACGACCCCAUUGCACAAAAUCGUCAAGCACUACAACAGCUAUGGAUCUCAGUGACAUGCGGAAAAAAUACAAAGGAGACGAUGAGUGCUUUGAGGAGGACCAGCUAGCAUCACUGGACCCUAUCAAGCAGUUUGGGGAUUGGUUCGAUCAAGCCACAAAGUGUCCUGAAGUUCUAGAAGCCAAUGCAAUGUGUAUUGCCACAGCUAAUAAAGAUGGACGCCCUUCAGCCCGUAUGGUCUUGCUAAAAGGAUACAGCCAUGAAGGAUUCCGGUUUUUUUCUAACUAUGAAAGCCGAAAAGGUGGAGAGCUGGAGAGCAACCCUUAUGCUUGUCUGGUCUUCUACUGGGAGCCUCUAAACAGACAGAUCCGUAUUGAGGGCAAGGUGGAGCGAAUCCCCUACCAGAGUUCCUGUGACUACUUCCACUCCCGUCCCAAGAGCAGCCAGAUCGGGGCAGUUGUAAGCAGGCAGAGCACGGUGGUGCCUGAUAGAAAUUACCUGAGACAGAAAAAUUCUGAACUAGAGGAAAAGUACAAGGAUACAGAAGUCCCUAUGCCUGAUUAUUGGGGCGGCUACAUUGUCAAGCCCGACUUGAUGGAGUUCUGGCAGGGUCAGACCAACAGACUACAUGAUCGCAUCGUCUUUACACAGCCCAAAAAUGGAGAGGCUGACCUGAAGGAGUUCCAGCAUCCAGCAGAGGGAGGCUGGGUGUACCAGCGGCUGUCCCCCUGAGAGGGGCCGCUGCAUCGGGGAGUUUGGAUGGAGGAGCAGGCUGGAGAUUGGGCCUGGCAUAGUUCCACUUGACUGAGAAUCAUCAAACUGUCACUUUCAUUGUCAUCACCUUAACAGUAACGGCGUGUGUGUUGAUGAUUGACAAGAUGUUUAAGGAUGUCUAUAUAAACAAACCAUGUGUAAAUGUUAAAAGGAUGCUUGUUCAAUCAAAUUAAUGGCAGAGCUUACGUUUGGAAGCAAAUCAGUGACAUAAUGUUUUGAAUUGAUAAAAUUCGACCAGAAAUAUGAAUUUAUUUCAAAGAGGUGAAUUAAAAAACAACAAAUUCGGUGGUGUUUAAAUUUCUAUAUUAAGUAUUCAAUGCCUUUUUAAAAUUCAAAACAUGUCACUGAUUUGCUUCCAUACUUAUGUUAGUUCAGGGUAGGAUGACAUGUGGCUUGACUGAAGUAACAACUUGCUGUUCAGUACUUACUUUUGAUGCAAGGUUGUAGAAAUUGGAAAAUGCUGUGUUGUAUACUUGACUUGUAGUGCAAAGUCUCUCUGGCAGGAUGUUGGGUAAUGAUUGACAGCUCACCGGUUAUUCACUGAUUAAGCAUUUCCGACAACCUCCAGGAACUUUGCUGUGAUACUUGAUGAAAAGUACAUUGUCUGGCGAGUUAAGUCCCCUAUUUUAACAUUGGUAUUUGUUAUAGAAAUGAAGGAGGAGUGCAUUUCUAGCUGCUACUGUGUUGUUUCAGUCUUAGAUAUAUCUAAGGACCCAGCGGCCUGGAUAUGGAUAAAACGUAAUGUUUGUGCCAAGUUUAUCCUGUUUGUGUGUGGUGUGAAUGCUUUUGUUUAGUCUACUAUGUGAUUAUUGUGUAAGAAUAAUUCUUAUUUUUCUCGACUGUGUUAAACUAUACAAAUAUAAAAUUAAAUUUGUUACCAAAGG